GGCCCCGCCCCCUGGCUGUGCUGCUGGAGAGGCCCGGGCCAGAGUUUGCCGAGGGCCAAGCAGGGCGCGCGCUGGGAGGCGGCAAUGCAGUACUGUGAGAGAGAGAAAUUCUGCCCAUUUUUCAGAUGAGGAAACUGAGGCCCCAUCAAGUGAAGUGACUUCCCCACAGCCACUCAGCUGGAUCACUCUGGCUGCUGUAUCGACAAGAGACCGUGGGAGACAAGGGCAGAAGCGGGGAGACACAGAGAAGGCAACUGCACUAGUCUAGAUCUCCUGGGCACACCCUAUCUUCUCGCUGCUCAUGCCGCUGGGACUGGGGCGGCGGAAAAAGGCGCCGCCUCUGGUGGAAAAUGAGGAGGCCGAGCCAGGCCGUGGUGGGCUGGGCGUGGGGGAGCCGGGGCCCCUGGGUGGAGGUGGGGUAGGGGGGCCCCAAAUGGGCUUGCCCCCACCUCCCCCCGCCCUGCGGCCCCGCCUCGUGUUCCACACCCAGCUGGCCCAUGGCAGUCCCACUGGCCGCAUCGAGGGCUUCACCAACGUCAAGGAGCUGUAUGGCAAGAUUGCCGAGGCCUUCCGGCUGCCAGCUGCUGAGGUGAUGUUCUGCACCCUCAACACCCACAAAGUGGACAUGGACAAGCUCCUUGGGGGUCAGAUCGGGCUGGAGGACUUCAUCUUUGCCCACGUCAAGGGGCAGCGCAAGGAAGUGGAGGUGUUCAAGUCGGAGGACGCACUGGGGCUCACCAUCACAGACAACGGGGCUGGCUAUGCCUUCAUCAAGCGCAUUAAGGAAGGCAGCGUGAUCGACCACAUCCAGCUCAUCAGCGUGGGUGACAUGAUCGAGGCCAUCAAUGGACAGAGCCUGCUGGGCUGCCGGCACUACGAGGUGGCCCGGCUGCUUAAGGAGCUGCCCCGAGGCCGCACUUUCACGUUAAAGCUCACAGAGCCCCGAAAGGCCUUUGACAUGAUCAGCAUCCGUUCAGGGGGCGGCCGCCCUAGCUCUGGCCCCCAGAUGGGCACUGGCCGAGGGACCCUCCGGCUCCGAUCCCGGGGCCCUGCCACAGUAGAGGAUCUGCCUUCAGCCUUUGAGGAGAAGGCCAUUGAGAAGGUAGAUGACCUGCUGGAGAGUUACAUGGGCAUCAGGGACACAGAGUUGGCGGCCACCAUGGUGGAGCUUGGAAAGGACAAAAGGAACCCAGAUGAGCUGGCCGAGGCCCUGGAUGAACGGCUUGGUGACUUCGCCUUCCCGGAUGAGUUCGUCUUUGACGUCUGGGGGGCCAUUGGGGACGCCAAGGUUGGCCGCUACUAGGCCUCCCGCUGGACCUUGAGAUGUCUUGGCCCAGACCCUGUGGGAGCCUCUGGGGUGGGGACACCAUGGCCCGGACCCCACGGUCCGACUUGGGCCCAGCUCAGUAGCCCAAGGAUGAUGCGGAGCGGAGGUGGGGCCAGGCCUCUGCCCCACUCCAAUCGGUACCACCACCUCACCAGUUCCCAGCCUGGCUGGGGUCCCCAGCACCCCCACCCCCGCCCCGUUCCCCACCUACCUCAGCAGGGUCAGGCGCGAGGAGGGACCAGCCAGAUCAGGCGCCCACCCCCGCCCCCAGUACUUUCCGCAUCAGCUGCCAAAUUGGUCCCUCUAUCUCCCUGGGGCCUCGGGUUCUGUUUGGGGGUCAUGACCUCCCUAGUUUCCUGACGCAGGGAAGGCAGAAGGGGGGGUGUCUCCCCCACCUCAGCAAAUGCAAUAAUACCCUCCCCUUCCGCCCUGCCCCGCCCCUGGAGGAGCCCCCUCAGUGUGGAGCCUGUUGCCUCCACAUCUGAAAAAUGUCUGCUGUGAACCCCCCAAACUCCCUCCCUCCCCUGCCCCUUGUGUCUCCCUCAGAAGCCCAGGACAGAAGGGGAAGGAGGGAUGAUGGCGGUGGGCUUUUGUAUCUGAGUUUGCUGUCUGGAACAUAAAGAAUCUAUCUGCUGUUGGA